AAGCAUUGACUCAUCUGGGCGGAGAGAUAUAAAAUAAGAUCUGUCCAUUUCAUCUAUUCACUCAAUGACAAUAUGGAGAUGCCUCAGGCUUCAAUCCAUUUCAGACAAAGCCAAUACUGCAGGCUGCUAGCUGUGAUCCUGAUAGCAUUCAACCAUGAUUCCGGCGGCAGGGGAGGCGUGGAGGCGUGGAUGUAUAACUACAGCACCGUCCCCAUGCGCAACUGGGACUCUGCCCGUCUGUGGUGCAGGGAGCACUUCACCGACAUGCUGGCCAUCCAGAACCAGGAGGAAAUCUCCUUCCUCAACCAGCUCCUUCCGUUCAACCCCCAGUAUUACUGGAUGGGCAUCAGGAGGUUGGAGGGGGUUUGGACCUGGGUGGGGACCAGAGCCAGGCUGAGCCGCGAGGCAGAGAACUGGGCUGACGGGGAGCCCAAUAACCUGGGCGUGGGGCAGGACUGCGUGGAGAUCUACAUCAAGAGGGGAGAGGACACGGCCAAGUGGAACGAUGACAACUGCAGGAAACGGAAGGGAACGGUCUGCUACACAGCUUCCUGUUCCACUCAGUCCUGCAGUAUCCAUGGGGUGUGUGUGGAGACCAUAGGAAACUACACCUGCCUCUGCACCGCUGGCUUCCUGGGCCCUAGGUGUGAAGCUGCCGUUGCAUGCGAGCCUGUUGAGGAUCCAGAGCAGGGGUCUGUUGUGUGUGACCACGCCUAUGGAACCUUCCGGUUCAACUCAACCUGUCAGUUCAGCUGCUCCAGGGGUUACCAGCUAGCGGGAGAACCACUCCUGACCUGCCAAGCCUCUGGAAACUGGGACAACCCUGCCCCUAAAUGCCAAGUUCACCAGUGUCUGACCUUAAACAGUGCCCCCAGUGGUGGAAGUAUGAACUGCAGCAACCCUAUAGCCCUGAACAGCUACAACUCGACAUGCGAGGUCAGCUGUGAUGAGGGCUUUGAGCUCAAAGGGCCUGAGAAGAUUCAGUGUGACCACACAGGCCUGUGGACUGACAAUGUGCCCAAUUGUACAGUGGUGAGGUGUCCCAUCCUCUCCUCUCCCCCCCUGGGCAACAUGAGCUGUGUCCACCCCCUGGCCUCCUUCUCCUUCACCUCCACCUGCAGCUUCAGCUGUGAGGAGGGCUACUCUCUGACAGGAGACCACACCCUUACCUGUCUGCCUGCAGGGCAAUGGACCAAUCACACUCCUGCAUGUGAAGUGGUGAGGUGUCCCAUCCUCUCCUCUCCCCCCCUGGGCAACAUGAGCUGUGUCCACCCCCUAGCCUCCUUCUCCUUCACCUCCACCUGCAGCUUCAGCUGUGAGGAGGGCUACUCUCUGACAGGAGACCACACCCUCGCCUGUCUGCCUGCAGGGCAAUGGACCAAUCACAGUCCUACAUGUGAAGUGGUGCAGUGCGACGCCCUAAAAGUUCCCCACCGUGCCUCUAUGAAUUGUUUGGACCCUGUGAAACCGUUCAGUUAUGGUUCCGCUUGUCGUUUCACGUGCGAUGAGGGUUUUCUUCUGAGUGGAUCUAACACCACACACUGCUCUUCACAGGGCAACUGGAGCCAGCAACUUCCUGUUUGUCAAGUGGUGAGGUGUCCCAUCCUCUCCUCUCCCCCCCUGGGCAACAUGAGCUGUGUCCACCCCCUGGCCUCCUUCUCCUUCAACUCCACCUGCAGCUUCAGCUGUGAGGAGGGCUACUCUCUGACAGGAGACCACACCCUCACCUGUCUGCCUGCAGGGCAAUGGACCAAUCACACUCCUGCAUGUGAAGUGGUGCAGUGCGACGCCCUAAAAGUUCCCCACCGUGCCUCUAUGAAUUGUUUGGACCCUGUGAAACCGUUCAGUUAUGGUUCCGCUUGUCGUUUCACGUGCGAUGAGGGUUUUCUUCUGAGUGGAUCUAACACCACACACUGCUCUUCACAGGGCAACUGGAGCCAGCAACUUCCUGUUUGUCAAGUUCGGCCGUGCGACACCUUAACCGUUCCCCCUCAUGGAUCCUCCUCCUGCUCUCACCCCCACGGUCCCUUCAGCUUUGGUUCCCACUGUGUGUUCUCCUGUGAGGAGGGCUUCCAGUUAAACGGCACAGCCCAAACAGAGUGCUCCUCCCUGGGCAUGUGGACCAGUGAUGUUCCCCCCUGUCAAGCUCGCCCCUGCCCCCUGCUGGCCACACCGCCACAUCACGGCUGGAGGAACUGCAGCCAUCCCUACUCCAGCUUCAGUUACAGAUCCCGCUGCCAGUUUGGCUGCGAUGAGGGCUUCCUGCUACAAGGAGCUCCCUCGAUUAACUGCAACACCUCAGGACUCUGGAGUGAAAAGGCGCCUCUGUGCGAAGCGGUGAGGUGUGAGGCCCUGUCGACCCUUCCCCCACCCCUGUCCGGGAACUGUACACACCCCCUGGGGAACUUCAGUUUGGGGUCCGAGUGUCUCCUGUCCUGUGGAGAGGGCUACUCUCUGAACGGAAGGGCGGGGCUGUCAUGUACCUCCAGAGGGCUCUGGAGUCACCCUGUGCCGACCUGCAGCGCGGAGGAAGCUCCCUCGGGGAGGAGGAUGCUGGUGUACGUGGCAGCAGGGGCAGGAGGAGCGGUCGCUGGGAUCCUGCUGCUGGUGGCAGCAGCUCUGCUGGUCAAACGCCUGACAGGGAAGACCGGUCAGCCCAACAUGAACAGCUCUUCCUUUGAAGAGAGAGAAAACCCAGCUUUUCAACCAGACGACUGAAGCAUCACUGCUACAACAGAAGAAGCCCGGGACUCUUCAGUUUGGUCAAACUGUUUUGGUUGGGGAACAUUGUUUCCGUACGAUGCCAUGUGUUAAGAAUACUGUAAAGUGCUGUAGGUGUCUUUUACAUCGUGAUGGUUUUUGUAGAAUUUUCUUGAACAAAACUCAGGUAGGACUUGCAAUAGAAGUUGCUCACUUCUGAACUUUUCUCUCAGGGUCCAUGCAUGAUUGGAAAAUAAACGUUCUCAUUUACACUUG